AUGCUUCUCCCACGGCGACCGGUCAUCCUCCUCGGCGUCUGCUUCUCCCUCAUACUCUUCCUUACGGCCCGGAGCCUCUCACGACCAUGGCGUGACGUACCCCAGGUAAUUGGUCUGGGCGAUCUGGUCCCUUUCUCGUCUAAUAUAACCCGGACUUGGAAUACAACCAGUGGCCAUAGAAACUAUGACCUCUUUGCGCCGCCGCCGGAUUUCGUCCCCGGUACCCCCAAACCACCGGGUUACAAGUACUCCAAGGUGAUGGUCGUCACGAGGACCAAGGAAGAAGAUACCAGCUGGAUCGCCGAGGAACUCCCCGAUUGGGAUCAUGCCAUCUACGUCGCCGAUGACCCCACAGCGCCGCUCCACCCACCCAAAAACAAGGGCCACGAGGUCAUGAUCUACCUCACCUACAUCAUCGACCACUAUGGCCAGCUCCCAGACAUAGCGGUGUUUAUGCACUCGCAUCAAUUCGCCUGGCACAAUGAUAAUCUCUUCGCCGGGGAUGCAGCGCAGUUGCUCCGCCGCUUGAAUCUGAACCGUGUCAUCCGUGAAGGCUACAUGAACACUCGCUGCGGGUUCGGCCCGGGUUGUCCAGCCUGGAUGCAUCCUGGUGCCGUCGAGGAAGACGAGUCCAAGCAAGAGGAGAUCAUGCUCGCCCGCGCGUGGGGCGAGUUGUUCCCCGACCAGCAGAUCCCAUCUGUCCUGGCACAACCGUGCUGUGCACAAUUCGCCCUAUCUCGCGACCGCAUUCACUCCAUCCCGCGGGCCCGGUUUGUUUUCUACCGCGAUUGGCUGCUAUCAACGGAUUUGAGUGAUUACAUCACCGGUCGCAUCUGGGAGUAUCUGUGGCAGUAUAUUUUCACAGGGGAGGCUGUGCUCUGCCCCGAUGAGAAUAUAUGUCUGUGUGAUGGGUACGGGUUGUGUUUUGGUGGCGACGAGGAAUGGAAGACCUAUCAAAAACUCGAAUCGCAACGAGGGGAGCUCCAGCGGGAAUUGGAUAAUUGGAUGUGGUUGUCUGACGACAUUGAAUUCACGAAGAACGCCAACGAGCUUGAUGAGACUGCCGAGUUGGAUAUUCCCGAGAUCGGGAAGAACGGGGACCUUUUCGAACAACUCCAGGAUAAGGAGCGUGAGCUCAUUGCUACCCUGCAGAUUGCACUUGACCGUGGCAAGAAUCCCCAGUACCGGGCACAGGAGGCUGGUCGUCCUUGGAAAGAGGGUGAUGGGUUCUAA